GGGAGCGGGUACCUGUCAAAUUCGGGUACCCACUCCCACUUCUGCUGCAAUCACCUAGGCUAUCGGAAACUGAAGUUUUCCUCCUACCCUCCCUCCCCGAAGUCUUAUGGGACAUGUGACAGGUACCAGAAGACGACGGGGCCAUUCAGGAAGCACAGCGCUACUCGCGCAUGCGCAGUGGGCACCCGGCUGUGAAGCGCAAGGUGUCACAGCCGGGUGCCCACACUGAAGAUGCCGGAACCUGGAAUACAGGACGGCUGGUGAAAUGGGCUGCGGCAGGGGCAAAACGGG